GCGCCCAGGUAGUUCAGGAGCCCAAACCCGUCGGGCCAGUUUUGAGAGCCCAGGGACUGGAGAUUGGCGAAGGAUGCACGCCUGGCCCCGCGCUGCGACCGCACUCUCUGCCGCCUGAGACCCGCUCCUGCCUGCUCCACAGCCACCGGCGACCCCAUGGCGCGCGCACCGGGUCUCCUGGCGCCCUUGCUGGGCCUGGGCCUGGGCCUGAUGCUGGCCCUGAGCCUGCCGGGGUCGUGGGCAGCGGACUGCGGGUCCCUUGGCCCGGCUGCGCACCUGACCUUCGCGCCAGCGGCCAGGUCCCGGUGGCUGGCCCCUCGCGUGCGCGCGCCGGGCCCCCUGGACCACCUUUAUGGCACCGUGCGCAGCUUCCUCUCCGCAGUGCAGCUCAACCCCUUCCCUACCGAGCUGGUGAGGGCCCUGCUGAAUGAACCGGCCUCCGUGAAGGUGGAUGAGGUUGUGCGAUACGAGGCGGGCUAUGUGGUGUGCGCUGUCAUCGCGGGCCUCUACCUCCUGGUGGUGCCCACUGCCGGGCUCUGUUUUUGGUGUUGCCGCGACCACCGGCGCUGUAGGGGCCCAGCGAAGAUGGAGCACAAGGAGCUGGCCUGUGAGCGCGGCACCUUCAUGACCUUCCUGCUGCUGACCACCCUCGUGCUGCUGAUUGGUGUCGUCUGUGCCUUUGUCACCAACCAGCGUGUGCACGAGCAGACGGGCCCCAGUGCCGAGGCCGUGCCUCAGAUGCUGCUCAGUCUCCGGCAUCUGGUCUCCGAUGUCCCCCAGGAGCUGCAAGCUGUGGCACAGCAGUUCUCCCUGCCCCAGAAACAUGUCUUGAAGGACCUGGAUGACAUUGCCACGAACCUCGGGAGCACGAUCCACACCCAGCUCAGGAGCACAGUCUAUGACACGCUGGCCUCACUGCGCAGCCUGGGCCAGGCCCUGCAGGUCUCUGUGGACCACCUCCGGGCCCUGAACACCACCCUGCUGGAGCUGCAGGACAGGCAGCAGGACCUGGAGCGGGCUGUCUCCGUGUGCCGUGAGCGACUCCAUGACCUCCUGCAGGAGCCGGGCUGCCGGGGCUGCGCGGAGAGCCUGCGCCAGGCCGGUGACCUGGAGCUGGGAGCUGAUUUCAGCCAGGUGACCCAUGUGGACGAUGUCCUUCAUCGACUGAAGGGCGUCCCGGAGGCCAACUUCUCCAGCAUGGUCCAGGAGGAGAACAACACCUUCAAUGCCCUCCCGCUCCUGGCUUCCUUGCAGAUGGCUGACGUGGUCAAAGAACUGAAGAAGGCAGUGGCCCAGCAGCCUAGAGGGCUGAAGACACUGGCCAAAGCGUUUCCAAACUGGGAGGCAGCCUAUCGCUGGAGCCAGGCCCUGGAGAAGGUGGAAAACAGUAGCCGCCCCUACCUGAAGGAGGUGCAGAGAUACGAGAAAUACAGGUGGAUUGUGGGUUGCGUGCUGUGCUCUGUGGUCCUGCUUGUGGUGGUCUGUAACCUGGUGGGCCUCAACCUGGGCAUCUGGGGGCUGUCUGCCCGGGAGGACCCCAGCCACUCAGGAGCCAAGGGCAGAGCUGGAGCCCGAGUCCUCAAUGUGGGGGUGUGCCUCAGCUGCCUCUUUGCUGCACCCCUCAUCCUCCUUGUCUUCUCCACCUUCCUGGUGGGUGGCAACGUGCAGACACUGGUGUGCCGGAGCUGGGAGAGCGGGGAGCUCUACAAGUUUGCUGACACCCCAGGGAACUUGCCCCCGUCCAUGAACCUGUCCCACCUUCUUGGCCUGAAGAAGAACGUCAGCAUUCUCCUGGCCUAUCAGCAGUGCAGGAAAGGCGCUGCGCUCUGGAGGGUCCUGCAGCUCAAUGACUCCUACGACCUGGAGACGUACCUGGAUAUGAGCCAGUACAUGGCCAGCCUGGAGCAGGAGUUACAGAACCUGAAAGUGGACCUGGAGAACGUGGACCUGCUGAGCCCAGCUGGCCACCGGGACCUGCAGGCCCUGCAGAGCAGCGGGCUCGGGGGCCUCCAGUACCCUGGCUUCCUCAUCCAGAUCCAGAAGCCCGUGGUGAACACCAACAUGGAAAAGCUGGCCCAUGAGCUUGAAGGACUGGCCCAGACCCAAGGCAGUUCUGUGCUGGGGAAACAGCUGCAGGAGGAGGCCCAUAGGCUCAGAAAUCUCUACCAGGAGAAGGUCCUCCCCCAGCAGAGCCUUGUGGCCAAGCUCAACGUCACUGUCAGAGUGCUGGCAUCCUCAGCACCAAAGCUCCAGGUGGCGUCUGGGGAUGGGAGGCUGGAGACCUCACGUGUCAUGGACAGGGUCACUCAUCUAAAAGGAGAGCUGCCUGCCUGGGCCACCCGUAUCCUGAGGAAUGAAAGUGAGUGCUUCCUGACCCGGGAGAUGGGCUACUUCUCCCAGUACACGGCCUGGGUGAGAGAGGAGGUGACUCAGCACAUCGCUACCUGCCAGCCCCUCUCCGGAGCCCUGGACAACAGCCGUGUGAUCCUGUGUGACAUGAUGGCUGACCCUUGGAAUGCCUUCUGGUUCUGCCUGGGGUGGUGCGCCUUCUUCCUGCUCCCCAGUGUCAUCUUCGCUAUCAAGACUUCCAAAUACUGCCAUCCCAUCUGGAAACGCCUCAGCUCCAGCAGCUCUGAGGAGACGCAGCUCUUCCACAUUCCCCGGGUCACCUCCCUGAAGCUGUAGGACCCCCGUAGGGUUUUCUAGCUGCAAGCUGAUGCCCAGGGCUGCCCACCUUCCCCUUUGACUUGGCCCAGACCAGAGGAUUUCUCUUGCCCCCUGAGCCCAGGCUGGUGUCCCCCAAUUCCAGCUUCCUGAGCCCACCCCAUCCCCUGUAUGCACCUGACCCCCUUCUUUCAUUCUCAAAAACACACAUAAUUAUUGCCGAGCUCUACAGCCAACCCCGGUGUCUGAACCCUCUCCUCCUCACUGUAAUGUGUCAGCACCAGGAAGACGCUGUUCUCCACCUGUUGGAACCCCUUCCUCAGCUCCUUGGGAGGGCGGGCCCUGCCCACCCCGCUCUGUCACCGCCCGCCCCUCCACCUGCACGUGCCCGCCCUCUCCUCUCCAGUGUCCUUACCCCCAUCCUCACCUGCCCUCCCCAUUUGCCCCAGCUUCACUCCGCCCCCUC